GAAAACCUGAAGAGAGGGAGGAGGCAGUAAGCGGACACGGAAGAAGCAAAAAAAGUAGCUGCUGGAGAUUGCGCCCAGAAGAAAGAAAGCUUCAUUGGAAUUUCAAUCCCUGGGAUUGGGGCAAUUAAACCCCCCGCUCCAGCUCCACCCAGGAGUAAGAGGUUUGCAGCUUUGACCGACUUGCAGGUGGCCAAAAGCUUCGAGAUUCCUCUCUUUCCUCCUGGGAGUGGCUUCCAAUAUUCCUGCUGCUUUUCCCCACCCCCUUGAACAGUAGGAUUUCCCUGGAGCCUGAAGGAGCAGCUGUGCCUGGUCAGGGAAGGCUCCUGCGUUUAUUUAGAAAGAACCUUGUGGUCAGACUGACAGGCAUCUGGCUGUAGAACUCGGCUGGAGCCAGUGAACGAGGUCAGAGCACGUUGCCCACGGUUUGUCCCGUUGGAAGAGGAGGACAGGAGCUCGGGAAUGGGGAGCCGCUGACACUUGGAGACGGGGACAGGAGCGAUAGCCUCGGCUAUGCAAUAGAAUUGACUGCAUCCAGAUGUAUGAACAUGAACCGAGUGCAACCUCUCCAAGUGUCUUUAGUCUGUGGGUGCUAGAUUGUGUGGGUGUUUGAAUGCCAAGCAGCCAUGAAUGGUGAUGACAAGGUGUUCCCUCCUCCCCAAAAAACAUCCACUUUGACGAGAAGCAGCAGCAAUGCCUCAUCGAAACCCACCAACACUCGACAGAACUCUGAGAACUGGGAGGUGAUGGAGGAGCCACUGGGUAACAGUCGUGCAUCUCUGGAUCUAGAGAGGCAGGAAGGAUACCUGCUGAAGAAGAGGAAAUGGCCUCUGAAAGGCUGGCACAAGAGGUAUUUUAUCUUGGAAAAGGGCAUUCUUAAGUAUGCCAAGACUCAGCAAGAUAUACUGAGAGGGAAACUCCGUGGCUCGAUCAACAUUGGGCUCUCUGUGAUGUCCAUCAACAAGAAAUCCAAACGCAUUGACUUAGAUGCAGAGGAGAACCUCUAUCAUCUAAAGGUAAAAUCUCAGGAGGUCUUCAGUACCUGGGUGUCCAAACUCUGCUAUCACCGACUGUUCCAGAAAGGUGACCCCAUUAAACUUCCGUACGGAGCGAAUGGAUUUAACUUUUCCAUCUCUCCGACAGCAGAAUUCCUGUCAGCCAGUACUGUUUUACCUCUGUGCAGCAAGGCGCAGAAGAGUGGCUCCUUCAGUGGAGAUAUGUUUAAAGACGACAAUCAGCUUCCUUCAGUCCCUGUAGCUGGACAGGCAGUGACUGCACCGUGGUUACAGCAGUCUGAAGAAUGGGAUCGGUGUGCUAAAGAUCUUGGUGAAUGUCAAUCCAAUCUGGGAGAGUUGAAUAAACUCCUGCAGAGGCUGGAGGUGGUGGACCGGGUUCACUCAGCACCCAUCAUUGGUGAUGCUCAGGGUUUCCUCACUGACAAACCAAAGAAAGAGAAACGCUCCUCCAAAAUAUGGUGCACCCAAAGUUUUGCAAAAGAUGAGACGAAGACCUCCUCUGAUGUUAUGCGUUCUGCAAAGUUGCAUGUCUCCACACCCAGUUUGCCUGACUGCCUGGACUGGAAAAGUGUCUCUGUCCCCAUGACGAUAAAAGAAGAUUAUUUUCAGCUACAGCAGGAUUUCUGUUCUGUAUCGCAGAAAGUUCAUUUAGGUUUGAAGUCCCUCUUCAACACCCUCUCAAUUGAGAGGGAGAAACUUAAGCAGAUCUGGCGGGAGAAGGAACUGGAGACUGCACCAGCUAUUCAGAUCACACACCUAAAGAACACCUUAUCUGAGGUUAUGUCUCAGAAUGCUGAUCUCCGGAAUCGUCUGCACAGAAUCCAGUGCCUGUCCAGCUUUGAUGCAGUGACUGAUACACUGGCUCCUGUUAAAGUUGAAGAGGUGGCUUGUAACCGGUCGCUAGCUCAUCAGCUGUCCUUAGACAGUAACGCUUCACUGUCUGAGUCACACGUUGAAUUCUUUGAUGCUGAGGACGUGUUGCUGUCUGCGUGUUCUUCUGACAACGAGAUGUCUGAUGAUGAUGACUCCACCACCAGUGAAAUUACUAACAGCAACUCAGAGGAGAAUUUAGACACUGUGGAAACAUCUAUUCAGGAACUGACAGAUGUUAAAGCGAAAGGCCCUACAGGCUGCGGUUCAGUGGAUGGGACCCAACGCCGGACGUGUCUCCCAGCCCCAGGCCCGAAUCUGAACAAUGUCAGCCUAUGGAACAUCUUGAAGAAUAACAUUGGGAAAGACUUGUCUAAGGUCUCGAUGCCAGUCCAGCUCAAUGAACCACUGAACACACUCCAGCGACUCUGUGAGGAGCUUGAAUUCAGUGAACUCUUGGAUGCAGCGAGCAGGACAUCGGAUCCCUUUGAGCGUAUGAUUUACAUCGCAGCCUUUGCUGUGUCAGGCUAUGCUUCGGCAUAUUACAGAGCCAGAAGCAAGCCAUUCAACCCUGUCCUCGGUGAAACGUACGAAUGUAUUCGAGAAGACAAGGGCUUCCAGUUUAUUGGCGAACAGGUGAGCCACCAUCCUCCUGUGUCUGUCUGCCAUGCUGAAUCCGAAAACUUCCUCUUUUGGCAAGAUGUGAGGUGGAAGAAUAAGUUUUGGGGGAAGUCCCUGGAGAUUGUGCCUGUUGGAAUGGUGAACGUGAGCCUGCCAAAGUUCGGCGAUCACUAUCAGUGGAAUAAGAUCACCUCCUGCAUCCACAACAUCCUGAGUGGGCAACGAUGGAUAGAACAUUAUGGAGAAGUGACCAUUACAAACAUAAGGAACAGUACCUGUCAUUGCAGGUUGACAUUUUGUAAAACCAAAUACUGGAGUUCGAAUGUGAAUGAGGUUCAAGGCUCUGUGAUGGAUCAGAGUGGAAGAGUCAUCCAUCAGCUGUUUGGCAAAUGGCACGAGGGGUUUUAUUGUGGUGGGCCACAAUCGGCUAAAUGCAUUUGGAAACCAAAUCCUAUGCCUAAAGAUCACGAAAGUUAUUAUGGUUUCACCACAUUUGCACGAGAACUUAAUGAAUUGACUCCUGAUCUGAAACGUGUCCUGCCCUUGACCGAUACUCGCUUGCGACCUGACCAAAGGUACCUGGAGGAGGGGAAUACUGAGGCAGCAGAAGUUCAUAAACAAAGAGUUGAGCAGCUGCAGAGAGACCGGAGGAGAAUCAUGGAGGAGAACAACAUGACAUACUUGUCACGCUUCUUUACGAAAACUGUUGAUAGCAGUGGGAAAGAAUCCUGGGUGAGCAACGGAACCUACUGGGAACUGAGGAAGGAUCCUGGAUUCUCGAAGCUGGACAAUCCGGUGCUGUGGUGAGAGUGCGGUUACAAGCUGUACAUCCGAGGCUGCAGUGUCUCUUUGUGCUUCUGCCCCAGAACCUGCUUCUCUGAAUUACCUCAGUGGGUGUGCCUUACGUUUUAUAUGAAGAGAGCACAGUUGACCAGCACAACUGUCUGAGGCGAGAAAAGUGUGCCAGGCGCAAAGAAAUGUCCUCUUCCUGCUCUAUAACAAAGCAAGUGGAGUAGGUGUGUCUCCUCCAGUUAUCUCAAACAGUGCAUUAUUUAGAGAAACAAUGCAAGGUUGCCUGCACUUGCUAUACAACACCACCUGUCUCAAUUGUGACCUGUCCAUAUCUGUCCUUGUCAAAAUUCCAAUUGUAAUUUUUCCUUUGCAAGUAGCACAUUGUGUUCCAUGUAAAAUAAUCUGGUGUUUUACUCAAUUCUUUGUUUUAUAUCUGAUUUUAGUUUAUAAGAAAAGCUCAACACUUUGUUUUGUUUUUCGCAAAGAAGUCUUCAUGGUCCUGGAGGAGAAAUUUUCACUUUACAAUUAACGCCACUGCUUUUCAAGGCCUGAUUGGUUUGCCCACUGCCUUUCAGAAGGUCUCUGCUUGGAGCCAGCACAUUUUUCAUUGGGUUGAGGUUAAGCCUGGAAUAUGGCAACAGCUUUUUUCUUUCUCAAGAAAAGCUAUGAUAUUCUCCCCAAUCCCUGAGAGCUGACAAUGCACCUGAACACUUGGCUGUGAAGUUGCUUUCUCAAACGAUUCCACCCUCAUCUCUGUAGACAGGUGAACUUUAAAAUGGUGCACUACACAACUUUGAAUAUAAGCAUCUCAGCCCUUCAGUAUCGCAGUACUGGUUUAAAAGGUCACUUUCUCUUCCUGCCUGAAGAGGUUGCACGUUUGCAGGAACAAAGAUACUGGAAAAUGUCAGUGAGUGUGAUGCUGUGUCCUUCUGUUGUCUAAAUCUGCCAAAUCCCCAGGGAGUAAUCAGAGUCGCAUCAGCUGUAGGGCAGACCAUGAGUUUUCUAUUAUGAAGAGGGAACUUACUAAAGUUAAUUAUCUGUGCUUUGUUACAGAUUGUUUUCAAUCUUUCAAAAUACUUGCACAGAAAGUGACUUGAAAUUUCUUUAAAAGGUAUUAAAAGCACUGAGAUAGGAUAACAGCACUUUUUUCAAAAGGCUCCUAAUCUCUCCUCCACCACCACCACCAACACCACCACCACGUCUUUAGAUUAAUCAUUCCACCAACAAUUUACAUUUGCCAUUUCUUUACAUGUAAACAGAGAGGUAUCUCAGAGCACACUCAGAGGGCAGUGCUUUAUCUGGGAAUCCUAAACUAGAGAGAAGGAUCAGAAGGGAGGGCAAGUGCAAAUGGAUGGUUCUUUGUGAGGGAAUUAUGGAUACAGUUCUAUUGCCUGAUGAACCAGGACAGACUGCAGAGGGCAACAGCAUUUUAUAUUGAUGCUGUAGAGGUUGAGCAGCUAGGUUACUGCCCUGACUGGAUUGUAUUUCAAGGCUAGUCUUAGGCACAACUUAACACAGUUGGACAUCUGAGUAUUUUUUUCAGAUGUACUAAUGAAGCACAUAGAAAAGUUGCAAAAGUAAUUUCGCAUCAGUUAUGAUCCAUAAUAUCUACAGAGCCAUGUUUGUGGAUAAUGUCAAUGCCGAAGUGAGGGCGAAAGAAAUAUAAUCAAAAUAAAGUAUGCCUGAAGGGUGCCUGGUGCUGCCUCAUCUUAUUUCUGUUGUGAAGGCUGUGUAAUUGUUGGAAGCAGUUUCAUCCUCUGCUUGUUUAUGCCAGGCCCCACAAUCUGCCCUGCUUUCAUAGCAGCAACUUGCUUGGUGGCAAUCCUAAGAGGUUUAAUUGCUGACUUGUACAGAUGUGUGGGGCUCAUGGCAGUCUGCAGAUUUACAAUCCAUGGUCAUUCCUGAGCUCCAAGUGGUGCUGCCAUUAGCUGUGUUUGCAUUCCUGAGAAGGGUUUGGAACCUGUAAGUAAGUCAUAAUGGUUUCAUCCUGUAAGACGUGUCUUACGUCUCCUAAGUCUGCUGACGUGUUUCCCAAUCGCAAUAUAACACAGCCCUGCUUCGAGAGACCCAUGAAUGCAUAUAUUACAGGCUAGGUGCUUGCUAACUUGUUGCAAUCUCUUGAAUGUGGCAAAAUUCCCAAGUGGCUUAACAUUUCUGCCAUGGCUUCCAAUGAUCAGGGAUUAUUUCACCACAAAUUUGUUCAUGUGUGGCUAUGAAGAUUCUAGUGUGCAACUACAAUUUUCUGGUCUUUACAUUGAGUAAGGCCAGCAAAGGGAGGGAUAGCAAGCAACAGAUGCUCUCAACGCAUCACCAGAAUAUAUAGCUUGCUCAUGAUCUACACAUCAGUGCUACCGUGAGGCCCUGCUUGAAAUGUAAUGGGACCCACGUGAAAAAGCUAUCACAAUCUUACAGCUAUCUGAUUAAAUGUGGUAUCUGGUGAGGUCAUAAUGGACAUCAGUCUGCUGAUUAGAUUGGCAAAACUGAGCUUUUCUUAACCAAGAUCAGGGUAGAAGGCAGUUAUAGCAUAAACACAGUGAAUGAUUGUUAAGCAGCAAUAGACUCCGUGAAAUUGACUGUUCUAAACUACAUUCUUGUGUGUUACACAAAGGUCUUGCACGUCUAAAAUACUUUCCAAUGUAUUGAGUGUGCACAUUUGCAGUUAACGAUGUAUUGAUAUCCUGCUUAAUUGCUGGGUCUCUUACUCAUAAGACAGUAAGAGGUUUUAAAUGGUUAGUAUUUUAUUUUUCAUGAGAUCAUUUCUAUGGCCUUAAGCACAUGCAAUUCUUGCCUUCAGUUUAGGCACUUCAAAAAAAUUCCAUUAAUAUGUAUUUAUUUGUUUGUCUUGAAUAGGUUUUAAUCUUUAAUGUUUUGUUGGGAAAAGAAAAGCUACCCCUGGGCCAGCUAAACUGGCAGGGUGCUCGGGUCUUCCUCUCUCCUCUUAGGAUUGGCUUGGGAGUGGAAUCAAUUGAGUUCAUGCUGUGGAUUGCUUCCAGUCCAUCUUCCCAGAUGCCUUUGCAGAAUGCCUGACUCAUCAGCACGUUGUGCAGGGCACCCCACGGUAAUACAUUCUGAAGAUGCUGGCUGCCUAUGGCCUGUAUGUGAGCAAUGCUCACUUGGCUGGGUUUGCAGGUCUGCCUUACAUCUGCUGAACGCUAUCCGGAUGGGAUGGAAGGAGUUUGGCAGUGGUCUCUAAGCUUGUUCUCCAAUUGUACACAUUAGCAUAUCAGACCAUUGCAGUAAAUAAGCCCAACUAUCUCGCUCGAUUUUUUUUUUAAAAAAGGAAAGAAUCUUUUUUUUUCUCCCUCUUCCUCCCCUAUCAUUUUCAUCACUGAUUAGAUUAGAUUACUUUACAGUGUGGAAACAGGCCCUUCGGCCCAACAAGUCCACACCAACCCGCCGAAGUGCCACCCACCCAUACCCCUACAUUUACCCCUUACCUAACACUACGGGCAAUUUAGCAUGGCCAAUUCACCUGACCCGCACAUCUUUGGACUGUGGGAGGAAACCCACACAGACACGGGGAGAACGUGCAAACUCCACACAGUCAGUUGCCUGAGUCGGGAAUUGAACCCGGGUCUCGGGCGCUGUGAGGCAGCAGUGCUAACCACUGCCACCGUGCCGCCCACUGCUUGCUGGACAAUCUUGAACAUCGUGACGAUGAAUGAAGAAAAUAUUGUUUUGUGAUACACUUGCAGAGUUUUUAUUGUAGAGCUGAAAAGAGAAGCAAAAAGCCAAAUGUUGAAUUGGAGCUUUGCCGAGUCGGGGAACUAGUGGAGAAGGUUAUGUCCCUUCAGUUACUUUCAGGCCAGUCAAGCGUAGUGGGGAAUAGAAAGAGAGGUAAAACUAAAUGAACAUUGGCUGAUCUGACUUGCCUCUGGUCAGGGUUGUGAAGGGUUUACAUUUGUAUAGAUGGUCUGUCCAUAUCAUAGUAUCCAACUUGAACAUGUUGGGGGUCUUCUCCGAAACUCUUAAUGGAGUGUGGAAAUGUUCAUCAUUUUUACCAUUUGUUAGUGUAAUUGCUGUCUGAUCUUUCUGCUGUUGUAUAAAGCUGGUAUUUAUACCUGUAACAUGGGAUGUUAUGUCUGCUGGCAGGCACUCUACAGCCCCAUCAGAACACAUGAUCUUCCAUUUUUUAUUUACCGAGGUACGAUGAUCGAAUUGAUAAUUCCUGAAAUAACUAUUGGAAUCCAUUUUCUGCUCCCAUCACUUCUGUAAUAUUUUGAGAUGUGAAUUUCUUUAUAAUUACCAAAAUCAAAUCUGCACAAUGUGAACUGAGACUUGUGGUGUACAGACCAAAACCAAUAAUCACUCCAGGCCUGAAAAUGGAAGUGGAUUUAACAAAAACCCUUAACCUUUUGUGACCUUACCAGUCAUUCAGUUUCACUUCGUGACAAUGUGGCCAGUUUUGACAGGAGAAAAACUCUGCCCCCCACCACCACCACCACCACCACCACAUUGAAGGCUGACUUUCAUUUGGGGAUUGUAUCGAAGAUCAUUGACCGAGUUUAAGGAUGGAAGUCUGUUUGCUUUAUACGUUUUCAUUUGUGAAAGGAUUAUCAGUUACCUGGACUGGAUCAAUCUUUCAAUACGGUAAUCUGAAUCCAGGUAGUGACCACAGUGUGAUGAACUAGCAAUCGUUGAUCUGGGUUUGUUUUCUGUGUCUCAAGAAGUCUACUGGGGUAAAUACAGUUGGUGGCACUGUACAAAACCCGACCACAUUAGCAGUGACUUCUACAUGCCAUUCUAUUUGUUUUCUUUUCCCUGCCAUUGACCUUGAUCACAACUCCUUUAGUUCUUCAGUAGUUUGGUUUUCAAUAUCCAACUGGAUUAAAGAUUGUUUCUGUUGCUAUCAUUGCACACUUGCCUCAUUCAUCUUCUCUGGUGAUGACAAUUCUGUUAAUGACAGCAAUAGUAAUUUAGCUGGAUCUAAGACUUUUCUCAUCAGGUACUCUCAUGACACGCAACCAGUUUAAAAUGGAGCUACAUACACUACCAAAGAAGAAAAGUCUGUCUAAAUUUUAGGCUGCUUUUAAUAUCUUGGCCAAAUAUGUUGUUGUCUCCGUUCUUUAAAAGUUCUGCUUUUCCAAGUCCACAUCAACAAUAAAAACAUUAGGAUUUGUUUUGUUUCUAUAUAGUUGGCCUUCUCCGCUAAAACCAUUAGCAAUCUACCCCUGCUCUACCACCCUGUCCGCCCAGAGUUUGUGUAAUGUUUGAGAUUGUGGAACGUAUAGGUUCCACAAUGGGGGGAAAACUCGCACAUAAAGCAGAUUUGAUUUUGGACACUUUUUUUUUCAAUGCUAUGUUUCCCAGGAUAAUGACUGCAGGGAAGUAUUUAAAUCACUUGUUUCUGUGCCUUGCUCACUGCUGUAGUUGGUAACUAUUUUUUUGGUUUAAUACCAGAAUCAGUGAAUUUGUUGUGAAACUCCAGUCGAAUAUGACGUGGUUCACCACUCCAAUAAACUGAGUACCAUUU